GCUGCCUUGAGCAUCACUUGACGAUCUGUCUUUUUUGGUUCAUUCUAAACAAUUUACUUGAAGGUAAUUCAUCAUAUCGAAUUCCUUAAAAGAGCAUAUUUCCAGCUCAGCUGAGUAGGAUUUGGAUAAAGUCUUGUUGACGUGUUUCGCAGCGGAGAUAACGGUACCAGCAACGUCGGAGUUGGCAGUAAACAGUACAUUCCCAUCAUGUCUCAAUCAUUGCGCCCUUACCUUCAAUGCGUCCGAUCUUCGUUGACUGCAGCUCUUGCGAUUUCGAACUUCGCCUCCCAAACCUCGGAAAGACACAAUGUACCGGAGAUUGAGGCUGCCAGCUCCCCAGAACUCCUUCUAAACCCACUUACGAUUUCGCGUAACGAGAACGAGAAGGUCUACAUUGAACCAAGUGUGAACAGUGUUCGUGUCAGCAUAAGGAUAAAGCAGGCAGAUGAGAUUGAGCAUAUCUUGGUCCACAAGUUCACCAGAUUCCUGACGCAGCGCGCGGAGUCUUUCUUCAUCUUGCGCAGAAAGCCAGUGAGGGGAUAUGAUAUCUCUUUCCUGAUCACCAACUUCCACACAGAAGCCAUGUUGAAACACAAGCUGGUUGACUUCAUCAUCCAAUUCAUGGAGGAGGUGGACAAGGAAAUCUCAGAGAUGAAGCUUUUCUUGAACGCUCGUGCUCGAUUUGUUGCUGAGUCCUUCUUGACACCUUUUGACUAAGCGGCACAAUGUUCGCUUUUAUUCCGGCGUACGAAUAGCACAUCACCUUGAUUUUUCUUCUGUACAGGCGAUCUAGGCUGGUGAUGGGAACCUUACAGUUAGCAACUCGAUACUG